CGUUGGCUGCUGGGGAAUGCAUGGAACACAGUGGGCGACAUGGGUGAACUUCCAUUUUCAUCGCAAUGCUUGCGAGAUGCCUCUCGCCGCGUUCAAUCGGGUACGAUCCGGACCAUCGGGCGCUUCUGCAGCCAGGGUGGUGGCGACGACCUUGCGCUUGCUCAGCUCAUGCAGGGAUUCCGAUCGGUGGCCCCGCUGCGCACAGAAGGGAGAUCUCCAAGGUGGAGAGUCGAGACGGAUGAACCCACAAAGUCCACUUGCCCCUUUCUCUCAACCUCACGACUACGACUUGGCCCACCGCCCGCAACGGAUCGUGCAGGAUGGCAUGGAUGGCUCCGAAGCACGUUUCUUGGCGCUCACGUUGCUGGUUGAUCCUCUAGUUAAUAACUCUAUCCAGUGUCUACACGGUUUUCACCUCGCCUGCCCGGUCUCGAGUGAUGAAACGAUCGCGCAGAAUAGCAACCAACCACGGCAGCGGCCGAGGAAAGAUAGACGCAGCCUCGAAGACCAAUGCCCUGCACGGCAGUCGCUUGAACGCACGACAUUGCAUUCUGGGCUAAGUGGGAUGUGGGCGCACGAAAAGGGAAGCGCAAACAAGGAUCACCACUCCUGUUGGUUCCUACUGUUCGCCUACUGUUCGCCUGCUGUUCGCCUGCUGUUCGCCUACUGCUUGAGGCCUGAUCGAGAUGAUCGAUUGUCACGGCAGCGGCCGGCAUGCAUGCAGCGUCCCGGUACUUUCGAGUUGGGGAGAAAGCUGGGCUCAACGUCUUCGCCGUCGCCGUCGCCGUCCUCGACGUCGUGGAAUGUUUCGCUUGUUGUCUUGGUUUGUCAUACUCGGGCCCGAUCUGGGAAUACCUGAUUGAUUGGCCGGGAGGCGCCACCUUGUCCUCUGAGAACCGUCCGGCCAAGACGUCCAGCCUGGCUCAGACGGCGACUUUCAUGGGUGGCUGUAUGUCCAUACCGAGAAUAGUGGCACUUAUGUAUCUAUACUAUGUAGAGGUGGCUACAUUGGAUAUGUCGCUACAUAUGUAAUUACC